CCCUCUGUCUACGGCAUCUCAGUUUCACCCUGUCUGGAGCUGGGGAGCACCCCAAAAGCAGGACGUUGGCUCAGCCGGGGUGUGCCAAGUCCAUGGACAGGAUGCGCCUGUUUUUGCUGGCAGUGCUCUUUUUGUUCUCGUUUGCCCGGGCUGGAUGUGACCCCAAAAUCGUGAAUAUCGGGGCAGUACUGAGCACCAAGAAACACGAGGGACUAUUCAGGGAUGCUGUGAACCAAGCCAACAAGAGGCAUGGUACCUGGAAGAUCCAGCUCAAUGCCACCUCUGUCACCCACAGGCAGAAUGCCAUUCAGAUGGCUCUGUCCGUCUGCGAGGACCUCAUCUCCAGUCAGGUUUACGCCAUAUUAGUCAGUCACCCUCCAGCUCCAACAGAUCACCUGACCCCCACGCCGGUCUCCUACACAGCUGGAUUCUAUCGAAUACCGGUCAUCGGGCUAACAACCAGGAUGUCGAUAUAUUCUGAUAAGAGUAUCCAUCUGUCUUUCCUCCGCACGGUCCCACCAUACUCGCACCAGGCUGUGGUCUGGUUUGAGAUGAUGCGUAUCUUUGGCUGGAAUCACGUCAUUCUCAUUGUGAGUGAUGACCAUGAGGGCCGGGCAGCCCAGAAGAAGCUGGAGACCCUCUUGGAAGAGAGAGAAUCCAAGAGUAAAAAAAGGAACUAUGAAAACCUCGAACAACUUUCCUAUGACAACAAGCGUGGACCCAAGGCAGAAAAAGUUCUUCAUUUUGAGCCUGGAACCAAAAAUGUGACUGCUCUUCUGACGGAAGCCAAAGGCCUAGAAGCUAGAGUGAUCAUCCUCUCUGCAAGUGGUGAUGAUGCCAGUACUAUAUACAAGACAGCAGCCGUGUUGGACAUGACAGGCUCUGGCUAUGUGUGGUUGGUUGGAGAAAGAGAAAUUUCUGGAAGUGCCUUACGAUAUGCGCCUGAUGGGGUCAUCGGUCUUCAGCUGAUCAAUGGGAAGAAUGAAUCCGCUCACAUCAGUGAUGCAGUGGCUGUUGCUGCUCAGGCAAUUCAUGAGCUUUUUGAAAAAGAAAAUAUCACUGACCCGCCACGAGGGUGUGUGGGAAACACCAACAUCUGGAAAACAGGGCCGCUAUUCAAGAGAGUGCUAAUGUCUUCCAAAUACCCGGAAGGAGUCACAGGAAGGGUGGAAUUUAAUGAGGAUGGAGACAGAAAAUUUGCUAACUACAGCAUUAUGAACCUUCAAAACCGGAAACUUGUCCAAGUUGGGAUAUUCAAUGGAAGCCACAUUUUACAGAAUGACAGAAAGAUCAUUUGGCCGGGAGGUGAAACAGAAAAACCUGAAGGGUACAAAAUGUCAACCAAUCUAAAGAUAGUGACCAUUCACCAAGAACCGUUCGUUUACGUCAAAGCAGCAUUACCAGAUGGUUCCUGUAAGGAGGAGUUUGGUAUCACUGGGGAGCUGAUCAAAAAGGUUCCAUGCUCAGGGCCCAAUGACACCAUCCCAGGUCGUCCCACCACUCCCCAGUGCUGUUACGGCUUCUGCAUUGACCUGCUGCUGAAACUGGCCAAAGAGAUGAGUUUCAACUAUGAAUUCCACCUGGUAGCUGAUGGAAAGUUUGGUACACAGGAGCGAGUUAAUAACAGCAAUAAGAAAGAAUGGAAUGGAAUGAUGGGCGAGUUACUGAGUGGACAAGCGGACAUGAUCGUCGCACCUCUGACCAUCAACAACGAAAGAGCUCAGUAUAUUGAAUUUUCCAAGCCAUUCAAAUAUCAGGGGCUCACCAUCCUUGUGAAAAAGGAAAUACCCAGAAGUACCUUGGACUCAUUCAUGCAGCCUUUCCAGAGCACCCUGUGGCUCCUGGUGGGUCUCUCUGUCCAUGUGGUGGCGGUAAUGUUGUAUCUUCUGGACAGAUUCAGUCCUUUUGGGCGGUUUAAAGUGAACACAGAAGAGGAAGAGGAGGAUGCACUGACGCUCUCUUCUGCCAUGUGGUUCUCCUGGGGUGUCCUUCUGAACUCUGGUAUUGGAGAAGGAGCACCGAGGAGUUUUUCUGCUCGCAUCUUAGGCAUGGUUUGGGCUGGAUUUGCUAUGAUCAUCGUAGCUUCUUACACUGCCAACCUGGCUGCCUUCCUGGUGUUGGACAGGCCUGAGGAGAGGAUAACAGGAAUCAAUGACCCUCGGCUGCGAAAUCCCAGCGACAAGUUUAUUUAUGCCACUGUCAAGCAGAGCUCCGUGGACAUUUACUUCAGGAGGCAGGUGGAACUGAGCACCAUGUACCGGCAUAUGGAAAAACACAACUAUGAGAGCGCCGCUGAGGCCAUUCAGGCAGUUCGAGACAAUAAACUCCAUGCCUUCAUCUGGGACUCGGCAGUGCUGGAAUUCGAGGCCUCCCAGAAGUGUGACUUGGUCACUACUGGAGAAUUAUUCUUCCGCUCUGGUUUUGGGAUUGGUAUGAGGAAGGAUAGUCCGUGGAAACAAAACGUGUCACUGAACAUUCUCAAAUCUCAUGAGAAUGGAUUCAUGGAAGAUCUUGAUAAAACUUGGGUCAGAUAUCAGGAAUGUGAUUCUCGCAGCAAUGCGCCAGCUACGCUUACAUUUGAGAACAUGGCAGGUGUCUUCAUGCUGGUGGCUGGUGGUAUUGUUGCUGGAAUCUUCCUGAUAUUUAUUGAGAUUGCAUACAAGCGGCACAAAGAUGCCCGCAGGAAACAGAUGCAGCUUGCCUUUGCCGCCGUUAAUGUCUGGAGAAAAAACCUGCAGGAUAGAAAAAGUGGUAGAGCAGAACCUGACCCUAAAAAGAAAGCCUCUUUUAGGUCCAUCACCUCCACCCUGGCCUCCAGCUUCAAGAGACGUAGGUCCUCCAAAGACACGCAAUACCAUCCCACCGACAUCACUGGUCAGCUUAAUCUAUCCGACCCUUCUGUUAGCACUGUGGUGUAAUACAGAGAAGAGAGACAUUGGGACUGUUAUGGCUUGGUGGAUGGUAUAAAAUGGACCUAAGGGCAGCGCGUUUCGCAUUUAUGGGACUGGUAAGGAGGAGGUCAGAAACAUAAAGAACUCUGGGACUGCAUGUAUUUUUCCACCUAACCUCUCCCUCUGCUCACCAAACCAAGCUGAAUUAAUGGAUUUUACCCUUCAACAUCUCGCUGGAGAGAGUAGAACUGAAGUUUUGUUCCCACUUUACAAAUUUGCCUUCCCCUUCACCCUGUUAACUUACUUUCAUUUCUGUGUUUUUAUUUUAGAAUUUUUUUAUUUAUUUAUGUAU